CGCCCCGCCCUCCGCUUCCUCCGGGGCCCCUGGUACUGCGGCCACUUGGGCAGAAGAGCCGGAGCGAGCGAGGCGGCUGCAGCGAUGGCAGGGAAAGAGUUGGAGCGAUGCCAGCAGCAGGCGGAUGAGGUGACAGAAAUCAUGCGCAACAACUUCGACAAGGUCCUGGAGCGUGACGGGAAGCUGGUGGAGCUGCAGCAGCGUUCAGACCAACUCCUGGACAUGAGCUCAGCCUUCAGCAAGACAACCAAGAAUCUGGCUCAGAAGAAGCGCUGGGAGAAUGCCCGGUGCCGGAUCUACGUGGGGCUGGCAGUGGGCAGUGCCCUGCUCAUCCUCCUGAUUGUGUUGCUGGCCAUCCUUCUCCCACAAAGCAGCAAGGGCAGCAGCGCCCCACAGGUCCAGGAUGCAGGCCCUGCCUUGGGGCCUGGGGAAUGACCCAGCAGGGCCUGGAAAAGAGGCCAAAGAGCCACACUGGCCAGUUCUGGUCUUCAGAGAACCCUGGAGUUUGCGCCCUUCUGAGCCACCCCAGUGAGCGUGGACGGCAGCCUCAAUGUGUGCACCUUGGGUACUUCCUGUCAUACCACAGACUGGCCCUUGAGGGCAACCUGCUGCACUGGCCAUGCCAAGCCAGCCCCACCUGGAACUUAGUAAAAACCACUGUUUGGGUAAAAA